AACCAACACUAGUCUCUCCCAGUAGCAUUCUGGCAACGGCACUGAGUUAUCGAGCUUCGAUAGAAAAAGUUUCAAUAUUUUUUCAUUUUGUGUCGCAUGCCCUAAAAUUUGGAUAAAUGGAGAAAAAACAAGCUAAGAACGUCGCCUUAAUCCCUGGUUGCUACUACUCGGACGUUUCAAGUCUGAAUUCAAUUGAAAACUUAAUGUCUAAGGAAGAUCAAAUAGAAAAUUUUAAACAAUCAUCCAUUUUUGCAUACAAACCAUUUGAACACACCUCCCAUGGCUUUUCGGAUUUCAGCGCUUCGGAAGACUCUUCUGCAGAGGAUCAAAUUAUCUUUGACGUGGCUUCUAUACCGCUUCCCGAGGGCGAGGGCACCAAACGAUUCGAAAAAGCAAAGGAAUGGCGUUAUGAAGGAGGCUCUUGUGGAGGCUAUUUAGUUUCUACACCUCCAGAGGCAGAGCUUUCAUCUGAUAUACAUACGUUUGCUCCAGAAAUCCCUGGUCGUCAGGCUGGCGCAAACAUGCCUAGCCUUUCACCAAUACCAGAACCAAAUCUUGCAUCCCCAGAGACACCCUAUUUUUUAAUUCCUAAAGAAGAGAGCAACGAUAAUACUGCAACCUAUACUGACUUUGCAGAAAUCUCGGAACCAAAGUUUUCUUCUAACGAUCAUAACCAAGACCUAGAAUACCCGGAAGGUCAUCCUGGACCGGAAGGUGGCAUGGCAGGCAUCAAGCAGGUUAUUAAAACAGAGGAAAAGGGAAAUGAAUCCCUAGAUGAAGCUGACUUUUCUGGGGAACUGCUAAGUUCUACAAUGAUAACCGAGGAGGAGGCUGACGUAGAAAGAACCACUGAAGAAAAACUCUCGGCUAUUAGAAAAGCUGUAUCCAAAGAAAAAACUGUGAAUAAGCAUGAAGAAAGCAUUCUAGAGACUAAACGCAACCAGGACCUUGAGUCUGGUGAACUGGAAGAAACUACUUUGGAAACAGGACAACUUGAAGAUAAUACAAAAAAAGGUCUAGAUCUAGAGGAUGGGGAAGUAUCCAGCGCAGAAGAUAAAACUACUCGCAAAUCGGUUAAGAAAUCUAAAGCUAAUAUGCCGAUUUGUAAGUUUUACAUGCGAGGUGCCUGUGUUUGGAACAAAACUUGUCGUUUUCGCCAUCCGGAACCUUUGCCCAAUGGAAAAUAUCAGAUGUUUGAUAAUAAAGUACUGCCUGUGGCCAAAGGUGUCCCAGUGACACCGAAACGAGCCUGGAAGGGUUUUAUAGAGCCAAGUGUGGACACCUACCAAUCGGAAAGAUUCGCAAGGCCUCUACCAAUUAGUCCAUCAUUUUAUUUUAAUGACACGGGCACAGGUCCCUACUACUCAUACAAUCAAUUGGAGAUGCAUGAACGAGCUCCUCUACUUCCAACACCUACUUUUAUUUACAUCGCUCCACCGCCACCGAUUCAUCAUUACCCUUUUGAGAUGGAGCUGCCUAUGCGAAGACAGCCGGCACCUCCACUACCGUCACCGCCCAAACGUAGGUCUGUACUUAGGGAAAGACGACGCAGCAGCAGUUCGGAUAGUGAGCCGGAAUCGCCGCCAAGCAGCGGCUCCAUUUUGGUUUCACCGCCUCGUUACCUUCAUUCAUCAAGGCGGUCCAGUGUGGCUCGCAAACCUUCGCCGCAUCGUCGCAAGGGUCGUCCGGAACCGAAGAGACGCCGUUUCAACUCUAGUUCGAGUUCGAGUUCGCUUUCCUCAUCCGAAUCUGAUAGCUCCACCAAUUCAAGGCGAGUAAAGUCUUCAAAGGAUUCCAAAAAGGGGCGAUCCAAUAACUCGAGUUCUCGUCAUCGCGAAAGGCAUCGUUCUCAGACACCAGAACCCAGUUCAUCGAAGAGGGCAACACCGGGUGCUCCGAAGAAAUCACGCCUGGAGGAAAAUAAGUCUGAGAGUGCCAAAAAGAAACAAAGUCGUCAGGAGUAUCUGCUAAUGAAGCUACUAAAAGUUGAGCAGCAAAUUGCUAAGAAGAAAGAGCAGAACCGCCUAUUGAAAGCCAUCCAUAAUAAGACUUAACAAUAUUUUUGGUAAAAAUUAUGCUGAAAAAAAGAAAUUUCUGUUUUUAAG